AUGGAUCUCGGUGGCCGUCACGUGGACAAUCACUUUGCCGAUAUAUUAAGAGAGGAUGGCCUAAUUUUCAGCUCAACAUCGGAGAUGGAAAUCGUUAGAGAGAUCAAAGAACAUGUGUCACAUGUCCAGCUGGAUCCCUUGUCACCCACCAACUACCAUCGUUCAUAUGAGCUUCCAGACGGCAAUGUGAUUAAUAUUGGCAAUCAAACAUACCGUUGUGCCGAGACCUUGUUCAACUCUAAUCUUCCACACGAAUAUGGUAUUCAACAAUUGGUUGAUCAGUCGAUCAAGGAGUGCAUUGAGAUCUCAAAGUUGUUCCCUGAAGACGGAGAUAUCCCCCCUUUGGAUAUUCUUCUUGUAGGAGGAUCAACUAAGAUGCCUGGUUUGGAAAAAAGACUUGCUAAAGAAUUGACAAAGUUGAAGACUCCCUUCAGAAAUGUCAUAGGUGCCAAUGACAGGUCUAACUAUACAUGGCUUCAAGGUGCUACUAUUGCACCUCAUUUGGAGAGCAUGAACCUAACUUGGAUGACUAGGUCGGAAGUUAAUAUAUUUUUAUUUGGCAAGACUAAAGGUGGAAAGUCAACUUUAUGUAAUGUUCUCAGUGGCACAGAAGACUAUGAGGAGGGCAACCUAUCAAAGAGUACAACGACGAAUCAUCAACUUGGAAAGAACUAUAAUGUUGAUGAACUUGAACUCUUUCUAAUGGAUACUAUUGGCUUUGGUGACACUGGAAUCGACCCUAAAGAGUUGAUCAAGAAGACUGCUGCCGCCAUACUCGAUUUCAAUGGAGGCAUCAACGUCUUUAUCUUUGUAUACGAGUCGUGCUUUGGCAAAGUGGAGCGCGACGCAUUAGACAUGCUCAAGGAUACUCUGUUCGCCGAUCAAGCGAUCAUCAAUCACAUAUUGAUCGUUCGGACAAAGUUUGAAGACUUUGAUGAUCCUUCAGCUUGUGAUGCCGACAUUGCGGCCCUGAAUGGGAUUGAACACUUUGCGCCCUAUCAUCAAUGCCCUGUUGCACAUGUAGAUAAUCGUACAUACAAAAUAGACCCGGGCGGCGCGGCCAGGGCACAAUCAAGGGUGAUCAUACUCAAUCACAUCAGACAGAGGUUCAUUCAUUCAUCCUACAAUCCCAAUCUCGAUCAACUGAUGCACCGCGUGGAUAGUUGGAAGACAGUGGAGGAGCGACUGGAAGAUCAACGACAGGAGACACUCAGAUUGGAGAUGGAAGUCAGACUGCGAGAGGAAGAAGCAAACAUGAGACUGGAACAACAAAGAUUGGAGGCAUUGGUCAGAGAGAAGGAAGAGCGCCAGAGACAAUUGGAGGAUAUCAAGAGAAACCUCGGUCAAUAUAUCAAGAGCAGUGUCGCUUUGGAGUCGACCAAGGCUCAUGUGGAUCAGCUGCAAGAUAAGAUCGUCAAGGAGAUUGCGGACCUAGGUGGCAACCCUUUUCUCCGCGCCGUCUUCAAGAAUCUGGAUCAGAAGAAGGUCUAA